AUGGUGGAGAAAUUUGAGGCCUUUACUAGGAAGGUUGAGUUGUUUGAUUUGGACUUGUCAUCUGGAAGGCUACUGCACUUCAGCACACUGAAGAAACGACAGGCAGAGGGACCAGGCCGCAGCAUUGUCACAGAGGUGAGGGAAGAUUUCAUCAAGCAGCUGAGGGACAACUUCUCCACCAGAUUUGAAGACAACAGCAUGCCCAAGGAUAUCAUUGUGUUUGUACGUGAUCCUCUCACAGUCCGCCCAGAUCUGUCGGAGAAGAAGAGCGACCUACGAGUGUGUGACGACUCCAGCUGCCGUUUUGGAGGUGUCUGUAGGGAUGACGGGACCACGCUGAAGUGUGUGUGCCAGUUUCAGUGCCACAAAAACUACAUCCCUGUAUGUGGCUCCAAUGGUGAUACCUACCAGAAUGAGUGCUACCGAAGACAGGCCUCCUGCAAACAGCAGAGGCUCAUAUCACUCUCAUCUGAUGGGCCAUGCUCUGCAGAUACUGGCUCCGGCUCUGGAGACGGAGAAUACGAAGGCUCAGGCACAGACGCGGGGAAGAAGUUCACUAAGUGCGGCAAGUGCAAGUAUGGAGCAGAAUGCGACGAGGACUCUGAGGACGUUUGGUGCAUAUGUAACAUUUACUGCAGUGGACACAAUGAGAACCCUGUGUGCGCCACGGACGGAAACUCCUACAACAACCCCUGUCUGGUCCGAGAGGCCUCGUGCAUGAAGCAGGAGCAGAUCGACGUCAAGCAUCUUGGGAGAUGCCCAGAUAAAGAGAAAAUGGGGAAGAAAGAUGACGGCAGUUCGUACAAUCCCAAUUUCUCAGACACCGCAGACCCGGGGGAUGGCCUCUACGCUGGGAUGCACAUCCCUUGUGCGGAGAGCUACGCUGGCUUCUGUGUACACGGGAAAUGCGAGAUCAAGUACAACAUGGCCACCUGCAGGUGUGACUCGGGCUACAAGGGGGCGCAGUGCGAGGAGCCCCAGGACUUCAACAUCCUGUAUGUGGUGCCCAGCGGCCAGAAGCUCCACUACGUCCUCAUCGCCGCCAUCAUUGGCGCCGUACAGAUCGCCGUCAUCGUUGCCGUGGUGAUGUGCAUCAUGAGGAAAUGCCCAAAAAACAACAGGGGCCGUCGACAAAAGCAAAACCUCGGACACUUCUCAUCAGACACUAACUCCAGGAUGGUAUAG